AGUUCAUCCAUUUGCAUGGUGGAACGCGUGCCUGUCAUAUAUACAGAGUACUGUAAAUGAAAUUUCUCCCUAUAUAAAAGACUCGCCCACAUUCUCCGCCAACCCAACUUUUUUCUCUUUUUUCAUCACACAAAAACUUUACAAACAUGGCACCCAAAGCUGAAAAGAAGCCCACUGGAGGAAAGGCUCCCGCUAAGAGCGUCGAGAAGAAGGCCAAGUCUGCCGACGGUAAGAAGCGCAAGGCUUCCCGUAAGGAAACCUACUCUUCCUACAUCUACAAGGUCUUGAAGCAGGUCCACCCCGAUACUGGUAUCUCCAACAAGGCCAUGUCCAUCCUUAACUCUUUCGUUAACGAUAUCUUCGAGCGUAUUGCUGGUGAAGCUUCCAAGCUCGCCGCUUACAACAAGCGCUCCACCAUCUCAUCCCGUGAGAUUCAGACUGCUGUCCGUCUCAUUCUCCCUGGUGAAUUGGCCAAGCACGCCGUCUCUGAAGGUACCAAGGCCGUCACCAAGUACACCAGCUCCAAAUAAAGGAACAAUGCUCAGCUAAGAGGAGAUAGGAUUCAGAUAACGAAAACUGUAGGCAUUUUGGCAACAAAAUUACACAUAAUGACAAUAUUUCCAACAUCUCGCGACACACUUCCUCAAUCAUCUCUUUUUCAAUCACAACAUUGUCGUUGACUGGUAUACACCGUACUGGGUUAUCGACUCUUAGCAUCGCACGCUUUAUUUAUCCCUUCAACUCGUUUCAUCUGUACAGACUCUCCCCUUUUUUUUUUUUACUGCUGUUUGUUUCUCUAAUAACAUUCCUAUAUCAUCUGUAAUGGACAAUGUCAUGUGCUCGUGUCUAGUGUUGGUGUAAUGGUUUAAGCGAUAAGCUGCGGAGCGAUUGUGUCUUUAGUGCAAAGUAUACUUGAGAAGCAGUCAAGUAAUAGCUACAUAGUGAAAGGUUCAGUCCAGCAUAAACGCGAUUCACGCGGUAAUUGAAAAAGCCAUUGGGUCA